UUUGCACAGUUCCUCUAUUCUUUCGAUAGCAGUGAAAGAUGUAGUUUGGUUCCUGUUCAAAAAAUGUAUUGUUUUAUUAAUAGUAGCCCUUCAAAACAGUGGACGUUAUCUAAACCUUCUCAAGAAAAUGGUACAGAAAGUGUCUACGGCCAGUAUGUAAAAUUUACACAAGAUUCCUUACCCACUGCACAUUCAAGUACGAUUGAUUCGAAUUCUGUUGUUAGUUCAGACGUUCAGAAAAGGAGAUCUGAUGUUUGUGCUCAAAUUAUCGACAUUGACAACCAAAAUUUCACAUUCGAAGGAAUUCCGAAACAUAAAAAAGCUGAAGAAAUUCACAAGCUUAUCAGGUCUGCAAUUGCAAAUAAUGGCUUUCUUCCAAAUCUGCUAGACGAAGAAAAAUUUCAUUUGAUGGUUGACGCGAUGUAUCCAAAAGAAGUAACAUCGAACGAAAUAAUAAUCAGAGAAGGUACAGAAGGUUAUCAUAUGUACGUGUCUGAAUUCGGUACGUACGAAAUAUCAAUAAAAGGCGAAUAUGUCGAGACCUUCAACGAUAGUAGGGUGUUCGGUGAGCUAGCAAUAUUGAGUAAUGCGAAACGACAAGCGACAAUCCGAACUCUGAAAGAGGGAAAACUGUGGGUCUUGGACAAUGAGAUUUACCAAAGAAUCAUGGUACAAAGUGCCAUCCAAAAACGAAACGAAUUGGUUCAAUUUUUAAGAAAUGUACCUAAAUUAAAUAAAAAAAGCGAUGAGAUAUUGGGGCUUGUGUCAGACCUUCUUAAAAACGAAUUCUUCUAUACCGGAAUGGAGAUCAUACGUGAAGGUUAUAAGGGCGAUAAAUUCUACAUAAUCCGAUCAGGUACGGUCUCAGUUACAAAGCGUAAGGAAGGCAAAGUGGCGACCCUCACCAUAGGACAAUACUUUGGAGAACAAGCGCUUUUAAAAGAAGACUGCAGACAAGCAACGGUUACCGCUGAGGCUCCAGGGGUUGAAUGUCUGACAUUGACUAGGUCACACUUUGUAGAUUAUUUCGGCGACAUGGAUCUGGACAGUAUAGCGAUGACUACUAGGAAACAAGUAAUCGUACCGAAACUGAAACACGAAUAUAAAGAUAUAACCCCCAAAGACUUGAUUUCUAUCGGAAUAUUGGGAGUGGGCGGUUUCGGCUGGGUCGAACUAGUCCAACACAGAAAAAAGAAACAACUCACAUUCGCCCUGAAGUAUUUGAAAAAGUACGAAAUAGUGCAACGGCGACAACAACAACACACGUUAAACGAAAAAAGCAUUCAAAUAAGUUGCGAAUGCCCGUUCAUAGUGCGUUUGUAUACUACUUUUAAAAACGAUAAAUAUCUCUAUUUCUUGAUGGAGUCUUGUCUAGGAGGAGACCUAUGCUCUUUACUGCAGAAACAAAGAACUCGACGCUUCGAUGAAUCUGUGGCGCGCUUCUACACUGGCUGCGCCUUAGAAGCAUUGGCGUAUCUUCACGAACGUGGCAUCGUCUAUCGAGAUUUGAAACCAGAAAAUCUUCUUUUAGAUAAUCGUGGUUAUCUAAAACUAACCGAUUUCGGUUUAGCGAAAGUUCUCCCUUUACAAGGAAAAACAUACACUUUUGGGGGAACCCCAGAGUAUAUGUCACCGGAAAUUAUUUUACUUCAAGGGCAUGAUAAGGCAACAGAUUAUUGGUCAUUUGGAAUCUUAAUUUACGAGUUGCUAGUGGGAAAAACACCUUUUAGAAGUAACGAUAGCAGUCAUAUGACAACAUACAAUCUCAUUUUGUGCGGAUUCAAAAACAUUAGAUUUCCUAAUGUAUUAUCAAAACCUGCACAAAAUUUGAUAAUGAAAUUGUGCAAAUUGAAGGCCUCUAAAAGACUGGGUUGUCAGAAAGAUGGGGCGGAAGAUGUGAAAAGUCACAAAUGGUACGAAGGAUUUGACUGGAAAAAAUUAAGAAAUCGUGCCAUCAAGCCUCCCAUAGCAAGAAAUCUGCGAAGCAACAUCGAUACUAAAUAUGUUGAUAAAUGUGAAAUAAAUUUGGAUAUUCCACCUGAUGACCAUUCCUCUGACUUUGACGAUUUUUGAUCUACAUUCAUGUUACAGUUAAUCGUAAAUGUGAUGACUAUAAUCAGGCAGUAGAGAGAGAGAGAGAGACGGUGCUCCAUGACAAAAUUCCUUAUUCAAUCAUAUUUUAUCUUAUUCAAACCAUUUCUGUCUUGCUCACGCCUGGUGUGUAUUCCUUCUGUCCGUAUAGCUUUCGUCAAGGUCACAUCUCUAACCGUUUGAGAUGAGGUGUAUGCACGUUAAUUUUAUGGUCGCAGCGCCAAGAGUACGCUACGAUUUUACCUCCUUUCGGCGCGACCCUACGAACAUCCAAGAAGAUUGUAGCGGCGCUUAAAGCUCGGCGCCAAGAGCCAUUUGUCGAUUUUAUAUGAUUGUAAAUAUACUAGUAAACACAAUACUAUAAUACAUACUCAUAUCAUUCAUAAUGUAGAUCCAUACAAACUUGUUAGUACAUAAAAGCAACUGCCUCUCUGUAAUCUAUUUUAUUAUAAGAAGAAAAAUAUGCGAAUGCUUACAAUCAAAUUAAACCAACAAAAGAAAAAUAAAAGAAUAAAAAAUAAAAGUUAUAAAACUCAUA